AUGGCAGAUGUCGCGACGAAAAAGGACAGGAAUUUCGAUAGACCGCAUGACGGGUCGCAGGACACGACCGACGAUCGACAAGCGGAUCACCGAUCGAAAAGUGUCAGGCCCGUGGUUUGUACGAUUCACGAACUUACGACGAACGAAGGAGCAGGGGAUCAGUCGAGGGAAGAGGCCGGAUCUUCACCAGGUGAGACGAUGGACGAUGAGCCUGAUCCGAGGAAUGACCAGAUCGCGAGGGAAUUGGACAUCGCUACCUGUAAUCAUGUAAGUAAGUAG